AAUUAGAAUAUAGAGAUUGAAAGAGUGAAGACAACUUGCCUAACCAGCUAACCUUAGAAAUGGACCCUCUCUCUGUCUUUUUCUUAACUACCAUCUCAUCUCCAACUUAAAAAUAAUCCAUGAUUGCCACAAACUCCAUCAACCAUAUCUCUCUCUCUCUCUCUCUCUCUCAACAUUCAUGGGUAAUGCAGCUUCUUGUGCUCCUUCAAUCAUCUCCAAUGGAGUUGUAAAGGUCCUGCUGUCCAAUGGUUCCUUGCAAAUCUACACAAAGCCAGUAAAAGCAGCAGAGCUCAUGCUUGAAAACCCUGGAAAAUUUAUCUGUGAUUUCAACAGUCUCAAAAUUGGGCAAAGAAUUUAUGGCCUAUCAGCUGAUGAAGAGCUAGAGAGACGCCAACUCUACUUUGUUCUUCCUAUGGACUUGCUUUACUCAGUUCUUACACAAGAGGAAAUGGCUUCUCUCUCCUGCAGAGCAACCAAAGCUUUCAAGAACAAUAAUUUGGCCAAGAUUUUCCCAGUUCUUAGUGAGUUUUGCAUUUUUCCAACGGCUUCAGAGAUCAAGACAAUUGAUCAUAUUGCUUCAAGUUCAACCUCCUGCACUGAUGAUAUUGAAGAUGAUGAUGAUCAGCCAAAGCUCGUGGAGAGAUACUCCAAGCAAGGAUCAUGGAAGCCUGCUUUGGAGACCAUUGUUGAAACUCCAUCCAUAGACAAGGGGGGAGAAAGGGGGCUGCAAGUGUGGCAUGAUGGAGCGGAUUUUGUGUAGAGCUUUGCUUAAGCUCGUUGAUGAAAGCUAAACAAAAUGAUGUUGCCACUUUUUAAACAUUUAUGUCCGCACAUUGCAAUAUUAUAAUUUAUAAUAUGUAUAUGCUACUAACCAAACAGUUUUUGCCUAAUUGUCUAUUAUGGACGUAUUGUGGGACCCCUCAGCAAAGCUGGUUGAAUUUUCGGGAUUUACUUCCUAUUAUUAUUGGAUAUUAAUUGUUAUUUUAA